AUGAUUCGAUAUCGUAUGCGUGGGCAUCAACCAAUUGAAAGUCGCCGAUUACAGGCCAUUUUGUUUCUAAAGCUGAUGGCAGUCUGGAAUUUAUUUGAAUGGUUAGAUUCACUACUUGAAAUUCAUGCAAAUCUACAGCGCCGACGAAUCGAUUUCGCUAUUCAUAACGCUGCCAGUUUAUUUGUAGUCGUCUACGAUGCAUUAGUGGUCGAUUAUCGAUUAUUAUGUGCCACAGUAUUUUAUGAAAAAGCUAUGGGAUUGGAAAAAAUUCAUCAAGCUACAGAUGAUUUAUCAAACUGUUAUACUCAUCGUCGGCGUGGCCGACCAUUUCAGGGCUUAGAAAACUGGUGUCGAUUACUAGCAUUUUCAUUGGGCCCUUUAACAGCAGUUAUACCUAUAUUGAAAAUUCUUAACAUUAGCGGCAAUUACUUUGCAUUACCUGCCAUUGCCAACGAUACCAUUCUAACUAUUAGCUUAGACGCUGUUGGUAUCAUGUGCAUAGCAAUUGUGUUAUUUCUAUUAUGGUAUAAUAAACUAGAGAUUGAUACUGAAGAGCAUGAAUAUACCCAGAUUCUGAUCUUUGUUAUGGGCUGGGUAGGUUUAUUAUUUUGGGGUUUAUAUGGUGGUGCAGCGCUUAUAUUGUACAAUGAUAAAAAUUAUGAAUCUAUGGAGUCCAAAUUGUAUUACUCUGGUGUCAAGAGUAUUAUACAUGUUAUUAGCUUGUUCUUGCAAAUGGGAUUCUUCAUCCAUGUUCCUACCAAUUUUUACCAUUACCGCAGGGUUGUUUGGUUUAAUUUCUUGUUUAUAUUCAUGACUUGGCUGUUCAUUUCACAAUUUAUUGCCGAAAUAGUGGAUCAAGAAACCGUCAGCCUGGAUCACGUAUUUCAAUCUUCUUGCAAGAUUCCAUCAUCACUAAGCAUUUUCUUUCAGGUUGCUCACCCGCUGAUGGUUGGCUUUCGAUUUCACGUGUGUUUGCACACUUCACAAGCUGCUAUGGCUAUCAAAUUUGAUACAGUAAAGAUUUCUCGCGUGAAAGCAAAUUCCUUCCAUGACAUUACAGUUAAAGCGAUGCAGAAAGGAAAAACGAUUUCAUUGAGUAAAAUUGAUGAUAGCACCCCUGUAGCCGUUGGAUUAAAUUUAAAAGAUAGCGAUCUUGAUACUGAAAUGAAAGGAUCUGAUAGAACUUACAGUGUUCGAAGUAAUUCUGUUCAAGGUGGUUCCUUACGGGGUGGUUCAAUUAGAAGUAGUUCCAUAAUUAUAAAUGAUAUGCCUCUCCAAGAAGAAGUCUUCGCACCGAGUAGCAGGGUAUUUUAG